AUGAUGUGCGACGUGAUGCCGACGAUUUCUGAAGAUGGGUCGAACGACCGGGAGUCGCAGGGCUCCGGGGACGACUCGAACUUCGAGCAGCUGAUGGUGAAUAUGUUGGAUGAGCGAGAUAAGUUGAUGGAGAGUCUGCGAGAGAAGCAGGAAGCGCUGGAAUUGGCAGAGGCCAAGCUGAUUGAAGCAAAUAAAGACAGGGAAAUUAUGCAAAAACAGCUGCAGCAAACAACACCUCAGGAAUUGGCCACAGUAACAAAAGAGUUGAACCAGGUGAGAGAACAGCUGUUGGAAAGGGAGGAGGAGGUUUCAGAGCUCAAGGCUGAGAGGAAUAAUACCAGGUUACUGCUGGAACAUCUUGAGUGUUUGGUAUCUCGGCAUGAGCGGUCGUUGAGAAUGACUGUGGUCAAGCGGCAAGCCUCUUCUCCCGCUGGUGUGUCCAGUGAAGUUGAGGUCUUGAAGGCCCUGAAGUCCCUGUUUGAGCACCACAAGGCCCUGGAUGAGAAGGUUCGAGAACGACUGCGCGUUGCCUUAGAACGGGUUGCUCAGUUGGAGGAGGAGCUUACAAGUGCCAAUCAAGAAUUAUUCACAUUCCGAGAACAAGCGACCAAGUCUCGACAUUCAAGUGGCAGCGUGGAGGAUAUCAAGUCAAACCGCACUGACUCCACCGGUCAGGGAGAUGUCGACUCCCGUGAGUCUUCCACAGCAACCAGCACAAGCCUGCCCAAGAGAUUAUCUAAUGGGUCUAUAGAGCCUGACUCUGACAUGGGCAGAGUCAUGGACCUGCAAGAGACUGUGGAGAAACAGAACACAGAGAUGACCGCCGCCAGGACACGUCUGCUGGAGCUCAACAACAAGAUCACAGAGCUUGAGGAGAACUUCACCACCAGUCAGAAGGAGCUGGCCAAAGCCCAGGACCUGGUCAACAAGCUGCAGCGAGAUUUGAGAGAGUCGCAGGCACAGAAAGAAGACCAAGAAGAAAGGAUAGCCACGUUGGAGAAGCGGUAUCUGAAUGCCCAGCGAGAGUCCACCUCGGUCCAUGACCUCAAUGACAAGUUGGAAGCUGAAGUCCAGGCUAAGGAAGCAAGUUUGAGAAGUGCUGAGGAAAAACUGAGAAGUCUGCAGGAGAAGGUGGAACACUUGGAGCAGAAGCUGACCCAGUCUCUGAAGAAGGUGGAAGCCAUGCCAACUAUUGAAGCUGAACUCCAGCAGCGACUGGAGGCACUGAGUCAGGCGGAGGAAAGGUAUGGGUCUACCGAAGAAAGAAUUCUGAACCUGGAGCAGGCUGUACGUGACAAGGAGUCGGAACUCUUGAGGUCGCGUCAGAGAGAAAAGAUGAACGAGGAACACAAUGUUCGCCUGUCUGCCACUGUUGACAGGCUUCUGACGGAGUCCAAUGAGCGUCUGCAGCUGCAUCUGAAGGAACGAAUGAGUGCGCUAGAAGACAAAAACCAGCUGACCUCUGACUUACAAAGGAUUAGCAAAAUUUUGGAAGACACACAGCAGGAAAAGGAACGCAUCAAUGAUGAUCUGUUGAGGUACCGGAAAGAGGUGGAGACUCUACGUAUGCAGAUGGAGCAGCUGAUGAGAGCUGGCUAUGCAUUUGAGGACAAUGUGUCCCGUCGUCGCCACAGAGGAAGGGAACAUGCGUUAACCGAGGAUCCCUCAAAGGUAAACACCCUAAACGAACAAGAGUGGGAGAAACUGCAGCAAGCACACGUGCUAGCAAAUGUGGCCCAUGCCUUUGAUGCCAGCGACACUGAAGGCACAGAUGAUAGCGAGUCUCUGUUUGGAGGUGUGGACCUGCUGUCACCGUCAGGACACACCGGGGCUCAGACGCUGGCCAUCAUGCUUCAGGAACAGCUGGACGCCAUCAACAAUGAGAUUAGGUUAAUUCAGGAAGAAAAGGAAAGUACCGAGCAGAGAGCAGAUGAACUGGAAAUCAGGGUAGGCAGUGGUAGUUUGGAUACUUUACCAGGUCGGUGGCGGGGGUAUGAGCGAUCUGCCUCGCCUCCAGCAAGUGGGUGCUCUACGCCCACGCAUCCACCCUCGUACCAGUCUAGGGAUUCACUACAGAAAUAUCACACUGCACCAGCUGGUAUGACAGCACAAAUGUACACAUAUUCAUCAUCUAGUCCUCAGUUAGCCACAGCAGCGGACUCUAGUCCCAGUCAGCAGCAAUACAGUCGAGAUGACAGCACAAUCAACUCGAAAGAAGAAGCUCGCCAGAUAAAGUGUGAAUCAAGUCCGCCAACACCAAGAGCUCUUCGGCUAGAGCGAGUGGCUGCUGCACUGGCAAAGAGUCCAGAGGAAGCUUCCACUGCUUUGCAGGACCUAAGUUUAGCAUCAUCCGGCAGCCCACUGGGCAGUCUGACCAGCAGCCAGGACUCUUUGCAUAAACAGCAUCAUCAGAACACCAAGAAGAAAGGCAUUAAAAGUUCACUAGGCAGAUUUUUUUCCAAGAAGGAUAAACAGAAGCCAAAGGAAUAUCUAGCGAGGGAAAUGGCCUCAGGAAACUACCUUGAUGGUGGUGAUAACAGCGGCUCGGAGAUGACCAUGGCUCUUGGCCAGUCAGAUUUUGACCGCAGGAAAAAGAAAAAGCAUGAACUGCUGGAAGAGGCUAUGAAAGCCAGCACUCCAUUUGCUUUAUGGAAUGGCCCUACUGUUGUAGCUUGGCUAGAGCUCUGGGUUGGUAUGCCAGCUUGGUACGUGGCAGCCUGCAGGGCCAAUGUCAAAAGUGGAGCCAUCAUGUCAGCCUUGUCAGAUACAGAAAUUCAGCGUGAGAUAGGGAUUAGCAACCCUCUCCACAGGUUGAAGUUACGCUUGGCUAUACAAGAGAUGGUUUCAUUGACGAGCCCAUCUGCUCCAAAAACUUCCAGAACAACCUUAGCAUUUGGUGACAUGAACCAUGAGUGGAUAGGAAAAGAGUGGCUGCCCAGUUUGGGUCUGCCGCAGUACCGCAGCCACUUCAUGGAGUGUCUGGUGGAUGCUCGUAUGUUAGAUCAUUUAACCAAGAAGGACCUCAGGGGACAGCUGAAGAUGGUUGACAGCUUUCACCGGUGGGUUUAUGUUCUAGUGUGGUCUAAUGAACGAGUGAUUCAGUGGGUAAUAAGCAUCAGCCUCAGAGAAUAUGCAAGCAGCCUGCAGGAGUCCGGAGUACAUGGGGCACUUAUAGCUCUAGACGAAAGCUUUGACCACAAUAGUAUGGCACUUGCCUUACAGAUACCAACCCAGAAUCAACAGGCCAGACAAAUUCUUGAGCGAGAAUUCAACAACUUACUAGCUAAAGGAACAGACAGGCGAUUGGAUGAGUCUGCUGUGUAUGGAGGUGAGAGUAGACUACUCGUCGGCCCCAAAGAGGAGAGACCGUGGUUAG